GGAUAGCGAGCGGUCCAGAUUAACAGGUCGAAAGAACGACUAGGUGUUGACUCGACGUGGCAACACUUCGGUUCGUCAAACAACGGCGUUGGAUGGCCAACAACACUUUUUAUGACGUUAGCGUCACCCCCAACAGGUUGAUUGAUAGAUUAGGCGUUCUCAGCGUUUUUUGUAGUACAUUUGGCCUGAAGGCCUAGAUCUAGCAUAUUCGAUGAAAUCAAUUCGUCGCAUUUCGCUCUAGUCGUAACUCCGUAAUUGCCGAGGCAUCUUGAGCUGUGGUCAAGCCCUCACGCACCUCACUAAACACCCUCACCAUUACCAUGGCGACCUCUUCGCUGAGCGCACCGCUACGGACGCCCAGAUAUAUUUGCGAUGCUUGCCGGACGAACGUGCGCUCUCUGCGCAGACCGGCCGUUGAUGCCUACCGGACCUUCAGCACCGCAUCAUCUUCAAAUGGCAAAAUCCCCACGCGACCGAUAUCACUUCCGUACUGUCGCGAUCGAGCUAUUAUCUCACCACUGCAUAAUGAAAAUGCUCGCGGACGAUUCGAAAGGCGUCAGUAUUCGAUAACGAGCUCCUCUUCGCCAGCUGCCAGCUCAGGCUGUGCACCGCUCCCGCAUCGCCGCCUCAUCUCCCUCUCUGGGCCCCAUACCGUCAAGUUCCUGCAGGGACUGAUAACGAACAAUGUCGAUCCGAGCCGUCAGUCGCCUUUCUACGCGGCCUUUCUCGAUGCGCGCGGUCGGGUGUUGUGGGAUGUCUUUGUCUGGGUGUGGCCAAAAUUAGUAGAGGGCAAGGAGCACUGGGCAUGUUAUAUUGAGGUAGACGAGAGCGAGAUGGGGUCUCUGAAAGCGCAUUUGAAGAGACAUAAGCUGCGGAGUAAGGUCCAGAUCGAAGAAGUGGGAGUGGACCAAAUGCGCGUGUGGGCGGCUUGGGGCCCUGAGGUUGAGCAUGCCAAUACCGACGGUAUAAUCGCUGCGAUGAGCGAUCCACGUGCACCAGACAUGCAUCGCUACCUCGCAAGUCCCAACGCAGCGACAAUAGUAGAAGGAGUCGAACCAGUGGAUAUCCAGGAAUAUCACCUUCAACGCUAUAGAAACGGCAUCCCCGAAGGACCGCAGGAGAUACCAAGAGAAAGCGCAUUACCGAUGGAAUGCAACAUCGAUCUCUGGCAUGGAAUAGACUUCAAGAAAGGUUGUUACGUUGGCCAGGAACUUACCAUCCGUACGAAACACACCGGCAUCGUGCGCAAACGCGUCCUCCCCGUUCAUAUCGAUAAUGCUGCAGCAUCAGCUGCCCUUCCAGACCAUGGCACGGAUAUCAAACAGCUAGAUGGAGAUGGUAACACAAAGAAGGGUCGUGCGACAGGCAAAUUCAUUGCGGGCAUUGGGCAAAUAGGUCUUGCAAUGUGUCGGUUGGAGAACAUGACUAGCAUGAAGAUUAGUGCCGAGGGAGGCACAUGGAAGCCACAAAUGGAAUUUGGAUGCGAGACAGGCGAAGGCAUCGUCAAGAUUAAGCCCGUUCUGCACGAUUGGUUUGUACAGAGGGAGAGGGAGCUUUGGGAGAAGAACAAGAAUAGACCAAGCCUAUAGACAUGUUCAGAGCAACACUAUGUCCGCAACACUAUGUCUUCUCUACGAUUUCUCUUUUACCGUUGAGUUUCCUGUCAAGUUCGGUUCUGCAAGUUUCGUGUUCACCGGGACGCCUUGUUCGCAAUAGUCCGUAAGCUUAUGGUCGACGGGUGGGGCUGUGUAAUUGUGGCUUAGCUCGUGUGGUAGGGGAAACGUCAUCUGGCCAUUCCGCAUCGUGCCUUC